AUGAACUCUCACCCCGAGGAAAUGUCGCACCGCGAUCGCGAGUCGGCCGAGCGACACCAGAGGGAUCAGUUCCCUGCUGGAACUCCCCGCCAGAGUAAUACCGUGUCGUUACAGAUCCAUCAACCCGUCGCCUCGCGACUCCCCGGUGCCAUUCAUAGUCCUGGAGGUCUUCUGGCGACUCACGGAGGCUCGGGACCUCCUAUCCCUCUCGGUGCUCCUUCCGGACCUGUAAAUGUAAACACGUUCGGCGGUCCGUUGCAAGCUGAGUCGAACCGUCCACUCCCGCAUAACGCCCAGAACGCAUCGAACCAGAUGUUCGGAGCCAUAGGUGGUCACAAUCAGGGCCCCUCCAACUCUUCGGGACCUGCAGCACAUCUGUUUGGUGGUCCACUACAACAAGAGGGAAGCAGAGCCUCACAGGGUAUACCGUUCGGUGGGAAUGGUGCUGGGAUGCCAGGAGGCCACCCCCUACCCAACGGUAGUGCUAGUGCCAUACCGCAGGGGCAGCAGCCUAUACUUAAUUCUUCUCAGGACGCCCUCAGCUACCUAGACCAGGUCAAGGUACAAUUCUCCGACCAACCGGACGUCUAUAAUAAAUUUCUAGAUAUCAUGAAAGAUUUUAAAAGUCAAACAAUUGACACGCCUGGUGUGAUCAACCGCGUAUCAGAACUUUUCGCUGGUCAUCCAAAUCUCAUUCAAGGGUUUAAUACUUUUCUUCCUCCGGGAUACAGAAUCGAAUGCGGUGCAGGCAACGACCCAAACACGAUCCGAGUCACUACGCCCAUGGGAACCACGGUUCAAUCGAUUACAGGCAGAGUCAACCAAGGCGACGGCGCGCAUGGACAACCCGGAGCGACCGGACCUUUUUUCAACCAUCGUGCAAGCAAUUGGCAGCAGCAACAUCCGCAACCACAGCACAGUAUCGAAAGCCCAGAAGCUGCUUUUAGCGCACCUGCACCGAACGGUCCAAGCUUGUUCAGAGCUGCACAAGCCCAGGCGUCAGAAUUUGACGGUCCCAGUGUAGGAAAUCAGCAACAUCGCGGUGCAUCUCAACUGCAGAAUAAUUCUACAACACCUAACGGUCCCACAACUCGUAACGCUCUUACACCAACACCAGGUGGUUCUCAAGGGGGACCUGGCGGUGGUAACCAGCAGCAAGCAAAUAUUGAAAAGCGCGGUCCAGUUGAGUUCAAUCACGCUAUAAGCUACGUGAAUAAAAUCAAGAACCGAUUCCAAGAUAAACCCGAAAUCUACAAGCAGUUUCUUGAGAUUCUUCAGACCUACCAACGAGAACAAAAACCUAUUCAAGACGUCUAUGCACAAGUUACCACUCUCUUUAAUACCGCACCCGACCUUUUAGAAGAUUUUAAACAAUUUCUACCGGAGUCAGCAGCUUCGAAUAAGGCUAACGGUGCGAAAGCUGAAGACGUGUUUGCCAUGACUGGCCUCACGCAGACGACGCCGCAGCCUAGUCACAACGUGAGAGACGGUCAAAAGAUGCCUCCCGUUGGAAACUUCGCGCCUCCUGCCAGCGGAAGCAAGGAUAAUAAAAAGCGACCUCGCAAUGAGAAGCAAGCUGCACCACCAGCGCCUGUUAUUGCGGAUAGCCCUGCUCCUGGAUCGCGAUCGAUUCCGGGAGUAGGUCCUGCCAGCAAGCGACCGAAGCUUAACCACAAGCCUCUAGCAACAGAUGUACAAUCUAUCGAGCCCACACUUACACCCGUUCUUCCCGAGCCUCUCCCUCCUACGUCGUCGGCGAACGCAACUGCGGAUGAAUUGGGAUUCUUCGAGAAGGUUAAGAAAUAUAUCGGAAACCGUUCCACGAUGAACGAGUUCUUGAAGCUCUGCAACAUGUACUCUCAGAGUUUGAUCGACACUAAUGAUCUCGUUCAUAAAUCCAGUCAGUUCAUCGGAGGCAACGCUGAGCUUAUGGGCUGGUUCAAGAAUUUCGUGGGAUAUGAAGGUCUUGACGAGGUCAUCGAGAAUAGACCUAGGCCGCCUACGGAAAAAGUUUCGCUGAGCAACUGUCGGGCUAUUGGACCGAGUUACAGAUUACUACCUCGCAGGGAAAAACUCAAGCCUUGCGGCGGCCGUGACGAGAUGUGCAACGCUGUUCUCAACGACGAGUGGGCAUCCCAUCCCACCUGGGCUUCGGAAGAUUCUGGCUUCGUCGCUCACCGCAAAAAUGCUUUCGAAGAGGGUCUCCAUCGUAUCGAGGAGGAGCGCCACGAUUACGAUUUUAACAUUGAGGCCAAUGUCAAGUGCAUCCAGCUGCUGGAGCCGAUCGCUCAGCAGAUGCUGAACUUGACGCCUCAAGAACGAGAGACGUUCCAGAUGCCACCGGGACUUGGCGGUUCCAGCACCUCUAUCUUCAAGCGCGUCCUCAAGAAGAUAUAUGGUAACGAAAAAGGUCUUGAUGUUGUAAGCGAUAUGUUUACGGAUCCGUUCGCUGUUGUUCCUGUAGUCCUCGCACGACUCAAGCAAAAAGAUGAGGAAUGGCGUUUCACGCAGAGAGAGUGGGAGAAGGUAUGGCAAGCCCAGACCGAGAUCAUGCACCUCAAGAGUCUUGACCACAUGGGUAUCCAAGUUAAGCAAAAUGACAAGCGAAAUCUCUCCGCCAAGCACCUCGUGGAUGUUAUUAAGACAAAGCACGAAGAACAGCGACGUCUGCGUAGCUCGAAGAAUAAGGUCCCACGUUACCAGUUUUCGUACGAGUUGAGCGAUCAGGAGGUCAUUCUAGACCUGCUUCGAUUCAUGGUCCUCUAUGGUACAAAUAAUGGCCAUCAUAGUGCCUCGGAGAAGGAGCGGAUCGUUGAAUUUUUCGAGUGGUUUAUUCCACGUUUUUUCGAGUUGUCAGAAGAGAAGGUCCAAGACCGCCUCCAUGAUAUCGAUCGCGACUCUGGCGAAGAAGACGCCGAGGAACAGCUUCCUGCCGAGCUGACUAACGGUCGUUCCCGACGCAACGGCAAAAAAUCCGACUUGCUCCGCGGCGUUUUAGACCCCGGUCGUAACGGUGCCAAGACUAGGAAUCAAAAGGAGGACAGCGCCGCAUCGGGUAGCAAAGAGACAACUCCAGACGCUGGAUCUGCGAACGAAGAAGAAAUGGCGGAUGCUCCAGAGGACUCUGUUCCCGCUGAGCAGUCUAAUGAACGAUGGCUUCCGAUAGUUCCUCGGGCGACGGUUGUUAAGGGAAACAAUCCGCUCCUGGAUAUCGACGGGGAGUUGAAAGCUGAUGGGCUCUUCCCCCGUCCGUGGUACAAUUUCUUUUGCAACCAAACGAUCUAUGUUUUCUUCACUGUUUUCCAGACGCUUUACAAACGUCUCAAGGACGUCAAGGACAGUAAGGAAAGCGUCCUGCAAGAAAUUGCCCGAUCAAAGAGCAAGAAGCCUGCAAAGGAACUCGGUAUCGCCGUUAAUGAACUGAAUUACUUCGACGAGAACGACCCUGCCUCAUUCUGGCCCAAGACGGUCGAACUUAUCGAGGACUAUAUCACCGGUGAGAUAGACGAGAAUAGAUACCAGGAAGUACUCCGUCACUACUACCUCAAGAAGGGCUGGACACUAUAUACGAUCCAAGACCUCUUGAAGACGCUAUGCCGUCUCUCUCUGACGUGCACCAGUCCUGAUUCCAAAGAGAAGACGCCAGACCUUAUUCAUCACUUCCUAAACAAUCGUCAUAACGACGUAACCAGCUACCAAGCUGAGAUCAGCGCUCGCAAGUACGCAGAAAAGUGCAUUAAGGAUGGCGACAUGUUUGUCAUUUGCUGGUUCCCGCAGAAGCGCGAGGCUACGACACGAUGGCUACAACGUGACGAGACGACAUUUUACAUGGAUGAGAUGGAACUUCUGGACAGAUGGCAGUACUACAUCUCCUCGUAUAUACGUGUAGAGCCUACCGAAGGGGUGCCUCGCUCUCGCCUUCAGAAGACAGUCCUUGCUCGCAACUUACCAUCUACUGACGCCGACUCUGAUGACGGCAAUGUGCCAAAGCCACUUGUCUACAAAGACGGCCUAGUCUUGCGCAUCUGUCUUAAUUCUAACAAGAUCGUUUGGGAAAACGAUACAUCCGAGUUCUUCAUCUACUCCACCGAACCCGAGGAUGAAAAGGAGAAGGCUGCAGCUGAGGAGUAUCGCCGCGCCAUCACCGAACACCGGGGGCAGCGAUUCCGAGAGAAGAUGGUGAUGAACAAUGCCUGGAUGCGGGGAAUGAGCCAGGACGAAGUUCAGAAGGUUAAUGAGGGCUUCCAGAAGUGGCUUAAGGACGGUAUCUUGCCCAACACUAACAGCCGGGGUGACGACAGCGAGAAUAUGGAAGGGGUAGAAUAA